CUGGCACUUGAUGGCAUUUGUGUUCCUUUUAUCCACCCAGCCAGCACAUUUGCCCCAGCAGCAGGCACUCCAGCCCACAUCUCCCUGUCACACAUUUCAGUGGUGUCAGGGGUUACAUUGCUCCUAACUGAGCCAGCCUGGGGAAUCAAAGCCAUUCAAAGCAAAACUCCAUUGAGUGGCAAAAGCUGCAGUCUGUGAAGGGAGCAGAGAAUUGGUAGGAGGGGCAGUAACCUGUCCUUCACCUGGGAGACUCAUCCCUCCCCCUACCUGGCACACACAAGGAAAUGCAGUUCAGCUCUCACCGGAGUGAGACACAGGAACAGCCAGGAAGAAAACUUGGCCUGUUCAACUUGAGCCUCAGCCGAAUCAACUCAGAGGCCUUGGGUUGCUACUCUUGGACAAGAGAUUAUUUCAGCCAAAAAGAAUACAUGUAAGAGCCAAGAUGUCUCACACAGACAGACCUCACAGAGAUAAACCAUACCGAUACCACGAGAGCCACGGUUAUGACAGGUACACCACAGAGAGACGGACUAAAGAACCAUACCCAUCCCAUGGAAGGUCAGCAAAAGAGGCUCGCAGCACCCAGCACUCCAGACCUUCCACACUUUGUUCAGAUCCUUAUAAAAAAAAUGCAGUAUCAACUCAUGGCUACGUCAGCUCUCCUCCCCACUUCUAUCCUCACAAACAGACCUUUUCAGAGAAAUGUGCAAACAUAUGCUCAACAAGAGGUAUUUUGAAAUUUGUUGAAAUUACAGUCGGCAUUCUGGUGCUGAUUUGUGUUGCGGCUGCCCAGGCGGCCAUUUCAGGCUACAGCUCCAUGGGCGGCUUGGGAAUGGGCUCCUUCAGCCUGGAUACUGCUUACAGCCCAUUUGAAGGAUAUGAACUCAAGGAGGUGAGAGACCUGGACAUGCAGUUCAGCCAGAUGAGAGCCCCUUGUGUGUACGGGGGCAUUGCCUUCAGCCUGACAAUGGCUGCACUUACACUCCUGUUCCUUGUCAUUGGGGCAAAGCCAAUUCAUCGCCUCUCCAUGCCACUGCUCAUGGCAGAAUGUGCCUUUGAUAUUCUGGCUGGUAUGGCGUACACUGCAGCCGUUGGCCUCUACCUGCACUUUGUCAUCCAGGUGAACACAACAGAUGUAUGCAAGAAGAGGGAGAGGUUGUAUGCACGCCGGGGAUACACAUCAAUGAACUGCGAGGUGCAGGGAGGUGAUGCAGCUGUUGCUGUCUUUGGUAUCGUGGCUGCCUGUUUGUACUUCCCAAGCUCUGUCAUCUGCGCUCGCACCAUUCGGACCGUGAGGAACUUCCGGAGGCACCAGACACAGCCUCAGUACAGCCCAGAGAGCGGCUACAGAGAGAGAGGCCACCCCAAAGCCAACAGAAGCCCUGAAAGCACCCGCAGCAUGCAGGCAGUAGCAACAUUGGUGUAGACUCUACUACAGAACUGAGCAUGCAGCAAGACCAGAAACCCCAAGGAGGGACUGGAUUUUGCAUGUAGUUUUUAAAUGGAGCUGCAAUACCAUAUUAACCAUUGUCUAAGCAUGUAUCAAAUAGCCUAUAUGAAAAUGCAGUAAGAUUAAGUCCGCAUCAUGUAAUAAAAAUCAAUAC